AUGAUGGAAAAGUUUCCUCUGUGCGCUGAUGACACCCAAGAUGAAGCAGUUUUAAGAAAAUUAGUGGAAGAAGGGAAGGAGAAGUCGAGUGGAGUGAAGCAAAGCAGAAACGUGCAUCAGAAUGACAUUAGAAAGGCGACAUGGAUAAAAGCAACAGAUAAAAUGAAUAUCAUGCUGCUCAUAAUCCGUAAUAAUUCUCAUUUGAAUCGUAGUUGGAUGGGAAAUUGUUGA